AUGGCCGAACAACCAGAGAAUGUUAGCUUGUUGGAUUUUUCUAAAAAGAACACUGAACAAGUUCAAACAUCAAUAGAUAAUGCAUCGUAUCAUCGGAAGGAAAUUAAACCCUAUGAAGGAGAGGAUAUUAAUAUUUUGGAGGAUGUAAUGGAAUAUAUUAAUAACAAAACAUCACCCAUUACAAGUGGUACCACAAAAUUUAAUCAUCAUCAUCAACAAGAACAACAAUUAGAUGACUCGAGUGGUACUAGUAAUAUUCGCACGAAAACAAAAAUAUCAACACUAGGAGAAUUGUAUGAAAAGAUGAAACAAAGUGAUACUGUGCAAUAUGGAUUGGCAGGUGUUAUAAGUGGACUGUGUACUGCUACAGCUACUCAACCUCUAGAUUGUGCCAAGACUAGAAUUCAAGUCUUUAAACGAUUAAAUAUGGAACUCCCUACAACAAGUUGUACAUCACAGGGAGUUUAUCAGAAAAUUAUGAAUUCUAAAUCAAUAGCAAUGCUUUCUAGUAUUUAUAGGAAUGAAGGAUGGAAGGCUCUAUAUCGAGGUUUACCACCGUCUCUUCUUUCAUCGUGUGUUUCAAUGUCAAUUUUCUUCCCUAUUUAUGAAAUUUGUAGAAAGAGAUUUUCAGAAUCAUUCGGAACUGAAACGUGGCAUCCUAAAGUAAUUGUUCCUGCAGUUUUAUCUGCUUGGGCUUUUUCAUCAGUACUAGUUUCUCCAAUUUCACUUGUAAAAGUAAGAUUACAAACAUCAUCAACAAUUUCUCUUUAUUCCGAAUCAAAUCCUUCGACAACCUUUUUACAAGUAAUUAAAAGCAUUUACAAAAACGAAGGAUUGUCUGGAUUUUAUGCUGGUUACAGAGGAGUUGCAAUUUCUGCUACUGUAUUUUGUUUAUACUUUUCAAUUUACGAGCCGUUGAAAUUAUAUUGUGUAAAUACUAUGAACUUACCAUACCUUGCUGUUGUACCAGUACUUUCACCUCUUACAAUGAUUGCUGUUUCAACAUUGACUUAUCCAAAUGAUUUAAUUAUUAGUAAUCUUCAAUUCCAAGGAAAGAAAAGUGCUGGAGGUGUGCAUUACAAUGGAUGGGUUGAUGCUUUCAAAUCAAUUUACAAAUCUGGAGGUGUUAGGGCUCUUUACAGUGGUCUUAAUACAUAUUUACUGAGAUUCUGUUUGGGUACCAUUGUUACACAAACAAGUUACGAAACCAUUUUAAGGUUAAUGGAUAAACGAUAA